UCCCUUCCUCUUCCUCCCACACACUCCCCUCCUCCCUCCCUACUCUUUUCCUCCCCUUCACUCCUUUUUUUUAUUACGAUGGCCAUCAAGGACAAGAAAGUUAAGGUUGAUUCCAAGUCCAAGAAGGAGGAGAAGAAGCCCAAGGUCGACAAGAAGGCCGCAAAAGCCCCUGCUCCCGCUGCCGUUCCCAUUUCUUCCAAGGAGAUCUUGAAGAAGGCGAAGAAGGCACCCAAGAAGGAGGAGAGCUCGGACGAGUCGUCUGAGGAGUCUUCCUCCGAAGAGGCGAAGCCUGCCAAGAAGGCUGCCACUAACGGCAAGGCUAAGGCCGUCCCCGCGAAGAAGGAGACCAGUGACUCCGACUCCGACUCUUCCAGCGAGGAAGAGAAGCCCAAAGCCACACAAGUAAAAGCCGCCGCUAAACCCAAGGCCGCAUCCUCCUCGUCAGACUCUUCCGACUCUGAAGACGAAGCCCCCGCCAAAAAGCCCGCCGCACCCGCCAAGGCAUCCCCUGCGAAACCCGCCGCCUCAAAACCUACCCCCGCAGCCAAGAAGGCCGCAACUCCCUCAUCUGAUUCUGACGACUCUGACGACUCUGAUGAUGAACCACCCAAAAAGGCCGCCGCACCAGCGAAGAAGGCCGAGUCUUCGAGCGACGACUCCUCAUCAGAGGAGGAGAAGCCCAAGGCGAAGGCCGCUGCUCCCGCUGCGAAGAAGGCCGAGUCGAGUGACGACUCGGACUCUGACUCUGAGGACGAGGCACCCAAGGCGAAGGUCGCAGCUGCGACCAAGAAGCCUGAGACUUCUGAUUCCGAUGACUCCGAGGACAGCAGUGAGGACGUCGAGAUGGCUGACGGCACAGCUAAGACCAAUGGCAAGCGCAAGGCUGAGGCAGAAGCCCCCGCUCCCAAAAAGCAAAAGCUCACCAACGGCGACGCCGUCUCUGCUCCCGUCCCCGCCUCGAACGACGAGGCCGUCACCACCAUCUUCGUCGGCCGUCUCUCCUGGAACGUCGACAACGACUGGCUCAAGUCCGAGUUCGAAGAGUGCGGCGAGGUUGUCAGCGCCCGUGUUCAGAUGGACCGCAACACUGGCAAGUCCCGCGGGUUCGGCUACGUCGAGUUCACCUCCCCCGACGCUGUCGAAGCCGCUCUCAAGCUUACGGGCAAGGAGAUCGACGGCAGGCCUAUCAACGUUGACAAGUCGACUGGUGUGUCAAAGGACAAGGUCCGCGACAGCAGGGCGAAGGCGUUCGGCGACCAGAAGAGCGAGCCUAGCUCCACACUCUUCGUCGGUAACCUCAGCUUCUCGGCGAGCGAGGACGUUCUCUGGGAGGCGUUCGCAAGCUACGGAGAUGUGAAGGGCGUGAGGAUGCCCACGGACAGGGAGACCGGUCAGCCCAAGGGCUUCGCGUACGUCGACUUCACCGACAUCGAGUCGGCGAAGAAGGCGCACGACGAGGGUGCUGGUAUGGAUAUCGCGGGCAGGGCUGUCAGGCUCGACUACCAACGACCGAGGGAGGAAGGCGAGGGUGGCUUCCGUGGUGGUGGAAGGGGUGGUGGACGUGGGUUCGGUGGUGAUCGUGGGUUUGGUGGUGACCGCGGUGGAAGGGGCCGUGGUGGUGGACGUGGUGGGUUUGGUGGAGGACGUGGUGGAGGACGUGGUGGGUUUGGUGGCGACAGGGGCGGACGCGGUGGUGGACGUGGCAGGGGUGCUCCUUCGCGUGGCAAGGGGUCGAUCACCUCUUUCGAGGGCAAGAAAACCACCUUCGAUUAGGAUCGAACUAUCGUCUCUUUUAUGUUCUCAUUCGCUGUCGUUCCUCUAUACUUUCUUCGCAGCGUUCGCUCCAUGUCUGUUGUCAUCUCUCACUUUCUCAGUUCAUGUGCUCCUCUUGGUUCCCCAUGCUCGUCUCGUCCUGUUGCUUUGCGAUGUCUUCUCAUGUCCAUUGAUGCGAGUACCUAAUGUCCAUGCAUAUGCAGCCAUAUCCCUGCACCCUUAUCUGGGCCUUGCCCUUGUUUG